UUCUAUGCAGCUGAAUGAGGGGAAAUUCAAACAAAAUGGAAAGUGUGGUUACAUUCUCCAGCCAGAAAUCAUGCGACACAUUGACUACGACCCGUUUGACAAACGGACACUUGUCAACGUAGAUCCCCUCACAGUAACUCUAACAAUCAUAGGAGCCCGCCACUUAGUCAAAUCUGGCCGUGGGAUUGCCAGCCCAUUUGUAGAAGUAGAAAUAUGUGGAGCGGAAUUUGACAAUGGAAACAAAUACAAAACUAGAACAAAGGUGGACAAUGGUUUCAACCCAGUGUGGAAUGACCAGUGUGAGUUUGACAUCAUCAACCCCGAGGUGGCCAUGAUAAGGUUUGUGGUCCAGGAUGAAGACAUGUUUGGGGACCCUAACUUCCUCGGUCAGGCUUCUUUCCCAGUCAAGAGCAUCAGACCAGGUAAGUUUCUGAUCAGAAGAUUGUCUGGGCUGAUAUGAAUGGAUUAUAUGAAUAGCAUUUAUUUUGCAAUAGCCAAGUUGCCAAAAAAUUGGGUUAAAAUUUUAUUUUUCAAUUUUGUGUAAAAAAAAUGUUGUAAAUUGUUCUAGUUUUUAGAAAAAUAUUUUAAAUUUUCUUAAGCACAUGUAUAUUUAAGGAUUUUAUUGGGAUUUCAAAUACAAGUUUGAGCAUAGAUCUUGUAAUUCUGAUUAUGAAAGAUACUUCCAAAACAUCCUUGACCGUCCAAAUUGGUAAUUCUGAUAUCACAGAUAUAUUAUAAAAUAACAGUCCUUUUAGUUCACUGCAGGAAAAGGUCCUUUAGUAUAGUUAUGUAAAGGUCUUUCUAUUCUAAGAGGAUAUCUUUUGUUAUGCCCAUUACUUGAUCCAUGCCAAAACUUUAUAAAUAAGUAUGUUGUCAUUUGUAUCAACAUUUGAAUUAUAAUAUGUGAUAUAGAAUUCGGUUACCGGUC